AUGGCUUCCGACGGGUAUACCAUUCGCCACGCGACGCGUGAAGAUGUGCAAACGAUCCAUGGUCUCAUCAUCGAGCUCGCGGAAUACGAGAAGGCCGUAUCAUCCGUGAAAGCGACCCCCGAGAUCCUCGUAAACACGCUCGCGUUCCACGAUGCUUCUGCGCCCGACUCCUUCAGCCCUGGCUAUGCGCGCACAUUUCUCCUCGUCGCUCCCGAGAAUGAGAUCGCCGGCAUGGCUCUCUACUUCUACAACUACAGCACUUGGACUGGCGUCCCUGGUGUAUACCUCGAAGACCUCUUCGUCAAGCCAAAGUACAGAAAGCGGGGAUACGGCAAAGCGCUGAUCAAGGCCUGUGCGAAGGAAGUGAUCAGGAUCAAUGGGCAGCGGCUCGAGUGGAGCUGCUUGGACUGGAACACACCGAGCUUGGAGUUCUACGAGAGUCUGGGUGCAACGCGGAAGAAGGAGUGGGUAGGACUCCGGGCUGAGGGCGAGGCGCUGGCCAGGUUGGCAGAGAAUUAG